AUGAGAGGCGUUCCGAUCGUUCUGCUCUACGCCGCGACCUUGGCGUCCGGCGUAGUCAUUACUCCCAAACAUGUUGGUGAGCCUCGCAUUGCCGUCCGCGGCGGCAGUGGUAACCAUGGCGGUGGCCCUUGGUGGGGUAACCACGGAGGUCAGGGUGGUCACAGUAGCAGUGUUCCUCUAGUAGAGACCACUACUCCUGCGCCUGUCGAGACUCCUCCGCCUGUGGAGACCACCUCGUCCGAGACCGAGACGCCUACUAGUUCCCCAGUCAUUCCGACAACUACUUCAGUCGUGGUUCCUACUUCUCCAGUGGUGACUCCUACUACUUCUCUGCCUGUCGAGACCUCCACCCCGUCCGAGACUGAGACGCCUACUUCCCCAGUGGUUCCGACUACUAUUCCAGUGGUGGUUCCUACUACUACUCCAGCCGUGACUCUUACCUCGACUCCUUAUCAGACUGGUACUCCUCCAGUUAUCGUGACCACUACCUACACGACAACCACCUGUCCAGCGGCACGUCAACAUAUAGCCAUCCCCACGAUCACCGUGACAUCUGUUUAUACCUGCACUAAGGGGGGUUGUGCUCUGCCCACAACUACUCCCGCUCCUACAACUCCCUCUGAGUCUACUCCCCCUCCGGUUAUUGUGACCACCACCUACACAACUACCACCUGCCCAGUGACCUGGAGUACCGUUACAAGCGGCACGUCAACAUAUAGCCAUCCCGUGACUGCGACUAGCACGAUCACCGUGACAUCUGCUGUCACCUGUACUAAGGGUUGCACUCAGCCUACAACCGCUCCUGCUUCUAGCAUUCCCUCUGAGACUGCUCCCUCUGUGACCGAGACUGGCACUCCUCCUCCGGUUAUCGUGACCACUACCUACACGACUACCACUUGCCCAGUGACAUGGAGCACUAUCACAAGCGGCACAUCAACAUACACCCAUCCCGUGACUGCGACUAACACGAUCACCCUGACGUCUGUUGUCACCUGUACUAAGGGUUGCACUCAGCCUACAACCGCUCCCGCUUCUACCACUCCUCCCACCACACCUCUUCCCGUUUCGACCACUCCCUCUGUGACCGAGACCCCUAGUACCCCGGUUAUCGUGACCAUUACCUACACGACUACCACUUGCCCAGUGACAUGGAGUACUAUCACAAGUGGCACAUCAACAUACACCCACCCCGUGACUGCGACUAACACGAUCACCGUGACGUCUGUUUCCACCUGCACUGAUGCUUCCACAACUCCUGUCAUGGUGAUUCCUCCGGCUACCGAGAGCAGUGUUCCGGCUACUGAGACAACCGUCCCGGCCACCGAGACCAGUGUUCCGGCCACCGAGUCCAGUGCUCCAGCUACUGAGUCUACUGUCCCGGCCACGGAGACCAGUGUUCCAGCUACUGAGACCUCUGUCCCGGCUACUGAGACCACGGUCCCGGCCACCGAGUCCAGUGCUCCAGCUACUGAGACCUCUGCUCCAGCUACGGAGACUAGUGUUCCAGCUACAGAGUCCAGUGUUCCAGCUACCUCAACCGGUGUUUCAGCUACUGGGUCUACUACCCCGGCACAGUCGAGUUCCAUGACUUCUUCCACCUCGGCUCCCCCUGCUUCCUCUUCGCCUGUUUUCAACAGUGCUCCAGCUCUCCAGAAGUCUGCUGCGGCCAUGAUUCCUGGCCUGGCUCUCCUGUUUGCUCUGCUCUAA